AUGGAUAUGGGUUCAAUGAGUUCAACGAGUUCAAGCUCGGCUUCAAGCUCGACUUCGACUUCGAGUAGUAUGGACAUGAGCGGGAUGGACAUGAGCGGGAUGGAUAUGAGUAGUAUGAAUACUUAUUUUACAGACAGCUACUUGGAUUAUCCAAUACUUUUCAAAACUUUGAAAGCCAAAGAUGAAGGAGCAGCCUUUGGGAUUUUUUGCAUUUUGUUUUUCGCUGCGUUUGCCCUCAGAGGGUUGAAUUUCUUAAUCAUAUAUUUGGAACAAAAAGUCUGGAAAACUUCAUCGACCGAUAUCAAUAUUACCAUUGAAGAAGAAGAAAAUUGUGCCUGUGACGCCGAAGAGGAUAUUGGUUCAGAUGAAAAGCACUCUCGUGAUGAAAGUGAAAAACAUGGAGAUCAACCGGUGGUCAGCACCACCGCCCCAAAUGGCCAUGUUACCUUGAAUGCAACCACCACCAACAAUAAAGCCACUGUCAAGAACGCCCAUAUCACAAAUAAUGUUAACAGAAGACAAUCUAACAGAUCUCCUUUAGCUCAAUUGUUUGCUCCAAGCUGGGGAGAAAUUUAUAAAGAUAUUAUCAGAUUAGUGCUUCACUUUCUUAGUGCAAUGUUCAGUUUUGCUUUAAUGCUUGCAACCAUGAGUUUUAUUUUGGUAUAUUUCUUUGCCAUUUGUUUGGGAGUGGCAUUUGGUGAAGUGUUUUUCAAUAGACUUAGAAUUGUUUUGGAGAUGGAUGAUAAUAUGGGCGGAAUUUUGUGCAGUGACUUGCACUCAUGA